AUGGGAUCGGCCUUUUUGCCCAACAAGAUUGGCAGCUUCUCUUGUCCUGCUGGAAACGCGUCAUGCGCCCUCAAUUACAGCCCAGCAGAAAUUCCCUGUCCCGAGCCCUUCCCGGCCUCCGGAGAGCACCGGGCGUUCGGCUCCAGCGCCAACGGGCAGUGGAGGGGGCUGGCUCCCCCGCUGGGUUCUGGGCUGCCGAAACCUCGAGGGAGCCGAGGCUCCUACCUGGAAUCACGUAAAACCCCCAGCGGGGUGUCCAACAGUUUUGUAGGGAAGUCCAACCACCACUGCCACGCGUCGGCGUUCCCGAUCAAACCUGCGCAGAGCCCCUCCUGGAGCGGCCCGUGCCGGCGCGGCCUGCUCAGCCCCAAGAAGACCCCGAGGCGGCCCGUCAGCACGGCCGAAGAGACGGUUCGGGAGGAAGAGCGAGAGAUCUACAGGCAGUUACUUCAGAUGGUCACAGGCAAACAGUUCUCCACAGCCAAACCCUCCUCGCUGCUCCCCUUCCGCCUGUCCAGAUGUUCAGAUUCCAGUAAAACCUUAAUGAAAGAAACUUCCACCCAGACCUCAAAGCUGUUUGAAUCUCACAGUGUCGCACCAGCCAGUUCAGCACCCAGCACUCUCCGGGCACAGGAGCAGCUGUCCCCCAAACCAUCGCUCUACUCAGCAUCCAAUUAUCCCCCAAAUAUCUUCGAGUCCAAUAACUCCCCAACGCAGCAUCACACAGAAAAUCUACCAGCAUCGAGCACGCAGUCUGAAGGGUCAGACUCUGUCAUUUUGCUCAAGGUAAAGGAUCCCAGAACUCCAGCUCCAAGCCUCCCGUUCUUCCAGGCAGAACUGUGGAUCAAAGAACUGACCAGCGUCUAUGAUUCGCGAGCUCGGGAGAGGUGGCGUCAAAUCGAAGAGCAGAAAGCGCUGGCCUUGCAGCUGCAAAGCCAGCGAUUGCAGGAACAGGAGCACUCAGUGCAGGAUCUGGUGGAUUUAAAUCUUCGAGUUCCCCUUGAGAAAGAAAUUCCUGUCACUGUGGUCCCAGAAGAGAAAGAAGAUGCUAAAUCAGCUGAUGGUGAAGAGGAAUUCCCUGAAAUCACUGAGGAAAUGGAAAAAGAAAUAAAGAAUGUAUUCCGAGGUGGGAACCAGGAUGAGGUCCUCAGCGAAGCUUUUCGGUUAACAAUCACUCGGAAAGACAUUCAGACCCUCAAUAACCUGAACUGGCUCAACGAUGAGAUCAUUAAUUUCUACAUGAACUUGCUGAUGGAGCGGAGCAAAGAGAAGGGUUUGCCAACAGUUCAUGCGUUCAAUACCUUCUUCUUCACCAAAUUAAAAACUGCAGGGUACCAAGCAGUGAAACGGUGGACUAAAAAAGUGGAUAUCUUCUCUGUGGACCUCCUCUUGGUGCCUAUUCAUCUGGGAGUGCAUUGGUGCCUAGCAGUUGUAGACUUCAGGAAAAAAAGCAUCACCUAUUAUGACUCCAUGGGUGGAAUAAACAGUGAAGCCUGCAGGAUACUGUUGCAAUACUUAAAACAGGAAAGUCUUGACAAGAAAAGGAAAGAAUUCGACACCAAUGGCUGGUCCUUGCUGAGUAAGAGGAGUCAGGAGAUCCCGCAGCAGAUGAACGGCAGCGACUGCGGCAUGUUUGCCUGCAAGUACGCGGACUGCAUUACCAAAGACAAGCCCAUCAACUUCACCCAGCAACACAUGCCCUAUUUCCGAAAGCGAAUGGCCUGGGAAAUCCUUCACCGCAAGCUGUUAUGAUGCCGGUGAGAGCGGAUUCCUUGAGGAUUGUAUCAGAAGUGCCCAGAUUUCC